UUGAGUAGAGUGACGUAAAAUUCUAUUUAUAGCUGCAAACUCGAGAGUUGUGAACUGAACGCGUUACUCUCGUUUUGAGAGUAAACAAAGAUGGCUGCCCCCAUAAACCAACGCUACCUGAUGUUGCUGGGUACUUACCUAUGCGAAUUAUUAGACGAUGACAUUGACGAUGCAUAUUAUCUUUUGCUACAGAAGAUUAUUGGUCAUGGUAGGAGACAAAAUGUUCCGCGUAUAAGUGGAUAUAUUGAAGAAACAUUGCCACGUUUCCUUUCGGAAGACUACAGGACACACUUUCGUGUAUCAAAAGAAAUGUACGAGAAAAUGUUAGCGGAGAUCAUGGAUUCUUUAACUUUUGUUCAUCGAGGAGGCCAUGACCAGAUAACACCAGCAAAACAAUUAUUCGUUUUUUUAUGUUACAUGGCCAACACAGAAAGUAUGAGGGAGAUAGGGCAAUACUUCGGAAUUGGGAAAUCGACCGUACACAUCACAUUGGAGCGUGUUACUGAGGCUGUCAUCGACCAUUUUUUAAAGGUGAUCAAAUGGCCUGAUUUUCCCACUCAGCUCCAAAUUGCCCAGGACAUCCAUCUACGGUAUGGUCUACCAGAUAUUGUAGGGUAUCUUGAUGGUACACAUAUAAGAUUAUCUGGCUGCCCCAAAGGAGACAAAGAUUACAUAAACAGGAAAUCCUACCCCUCAAUACAACUGCAGGUUGUGGUGGAUCAGGAUCUGUUAAUAACUAACUGUUACACAGGAUGGGCUGGAUGCGCCCAUGAUGCUCGAGUUCUGAGAAAUUCCAGUCUAUAUGAGAAAGCAGAAGCGGGGGGAUACAUUAUUCCAGGCAAAGUCAUAGUAGCGGACAGUGCUUACCCACUUAAGGACUGGCUAGUGACACCAUUUAAGGACAACGGUCAUCUCAACCACAAUCAGCGCAGAUUUAAUCGCAUCCUUUCCUCUGGGCGCCAGAUAGUUGAGAGGGCAAUUGGUCAUCUCAAGGGCAGAUUUAGGAGACUGCAGGAAAUAAUUGUCCAUGAGCCCAGAUUGAUUGUGUCACUGAUCACAUGUGGGUGUAUUAUGCACAAUCUGUGUAUUCUCAGCCAUGAGAAUUUAGAUACCUAUAUGAACUAUGAUGAUGAUAAUAAUCAUCCGAACAAUUUUCCAAACAUUUUUCAGAAUGAUGUUGGUGGCGUAGCUAGGAGACAAAUACUUAUGAAUGCCAUGAACUAGGAUUUAUAGCAGAUGCGAUACCCAGAAUAAUGAAUUCUAGUUUUAAGGAAGAAUGCAGGCAAACAUAUUUUAUUCUGGGCAUCUCAAUUUAACAUUGCUUUUUUCAGACAUUGGUUAUAUAUUGAGAAGCACUGGUAGGAUCAUAAGUUUUUUAUUGUAUCUCAUUUUAAAAUUACCCAUGGUCUUUAGCUGUAUUUUUACAAUUUGGGACUGGUCAAAAGCACUAAAUGGGUGCCAAAUUGCAAGCACCCACAUUCAAUUAAAACAUGAAAAUUUGUUUUGAUAUAUCAGAUUCUUGUUAUGACUACUUCUUGAGAAGUGCUCUCAGAAUAAAAUUGAUCAAAUUAUAAAACAUCUUCUUUCCUUUUUAUAAUGAAGAUCUAUAUUUUCACAUGUACGUAAUUCUAUGGAUGGCACCCUAGAAAACAUGG